GGACGGAGGGGGUAGAGUGUUUAUAGCCCACUACAAAUACUCCGUGGCACUUUUUUAUUUUUAUUAUAUGUGCUUUCGGGUCACCACUUCAGAUUGACUGAGGGGACCUCGUGGCAGAGAACGGCAGCAAGCAACCAGGCGCCCCUGUAGUGCAACGCGGGAACCCGGGAAGACCAUAAACAUAACACCGUUACUUAGUGACAUCAAAGAGCUGGCAAACCUACAAAAACUUUUUUGUUCAACUUCUCCGCAAAACAUAGCGAAAGAAACAGACUGAGGGGGUAAAGCUCUGAGCACUUAAUACACAACAUAGAAGAAGCGGAGUAAAUUAUUUCAGCGUGCGGAAAUAAACGGCUCCAUCCAUCCUUCAAGUGAUCUCUUCUAGUAGCACCUGCAAACAUGACACGAAGAUCAUGCGCGAUUUACGUGGUCGGGAUCCUCUGCGCCAGCCUGUUGGUCGUUGGGAUCGGUUUGGUCGUGGCUCAAGUUUUCCGAGAUUUUAUGCACAACCGUCUGAAAAAGGAGAUUGUUUUAGUGGAGGGCAGCCGGGUGUUUGAGUCCUGGAAAACCCCUCCCCCUCCAGUCUUCAUGGAGUAUUUCUUCUUCAAUGUGACCAAUGUUGAAGAGUUCCUUAAAGGAGCCAAGCCAGUUGUCACCCAGGUUGGACCUUACACAUACAGGGAGUACAGGUAUAAGGAAAACGUAACAAUGGUGGAAAACGGCACAAUGGUGUCUGCGUACAACACUAAAAGCUUUGUGUUCCUGCGAGAGAAGUCUGUGGGUGAUCCAGCUGUGGAUAACAUCACCACCGUCAACAUCCCUGCUUGGGCUGUUAUGAACAAGGUGAAAGGGAGUUUUUUUAAGGCCGCCCUCGUGUCCAUGUGGAUGAGCUCUCUCAAAAGCGACCUCUUCACAACUCGCACUGUAGAUGAGUUGCUUUGGGGCUAUGAAGAUCCAUUGCUGGCCCGCAUUGCCCCGACCAAUCCUGAAGUGGAGACCGUCUUUGGCCUCAUGUACAAGAAAAAUGGAAGUAACGAUGGGGAAUUUGUGUUCCACACUGGACAACAGAACUACCUGGAUUAUGGCCGGGUCAAAACCUGGAAAGGUCAAAGCCAGCUUACUUUCUGGUCAACUAAUGAAAGCAACAGCAUCGUUGGAUCAGAUGGAAGUGCUUUCCAUCCACUGCUGGACAAGAACGAACGCAUUUACAUCUACACUCCAGACCUCUGCAGGACAAUCUACAUGGAGUUUGAGAAAGACGUUGAGGUGAAAGGUAUCCCAGCCUACCGCUUCACACCACCGCGCUCAGUUUUAGCCAGCAAGGAGGAGAAUCCGGACAAUGAAGGUUUCUGCAUCACCCCUAAGGAGUGUCUGGGAACUGGUCUCCUCAAAGUCAGUCCCUGUCGGAAAGGUGCUCCGGUGGUCGCCUCCUUUCCCCAUUUCUACCUGGCAGAAGAGAAAUACGUGGCUGCCAUUGGAGGAAUGUUCCCUAAAAGGAAGCAUCACCAAACGUAUCUGGACCUCAACCCGACCACUGGGGUGAUUGUUCGUGCAAACAAAAGAGCACAGAUUAACAUCCUGAUCAACAGAGUCCCUGGAUUCCCGAAAACAAGAGACCUGAAUGAUACAAUCUUUCCCGUCAUGUUUAUCAAUGAGAGCGUGGUGAUUGAUGAUGCAUCUGCAGCAAGAGUACAGAAGCUACUGCUGAUUGUCAAUUUGGUGUCCAACUUCCCUCUCCUUAUUGUGGGGCUGGGUGGUAUCAUGCUCUUAGUUUUCAUCAUCCUUGUGGUCCGGGCUCGCCAGCAGAAGAAUGAAGUUAAGCACAUUGUGUUUACCAAGGCUGUCUAUGCUACUUCUGCUGAAGAUGACACCUCUUACUCUGCAGUCAAUGCCAAGGAAAAGGAUGAUCCCCAAAAUGGAAGCUACAUUGGUCUGCCACUGUCAACGGAAAUUAAGUUUGUGGAGGAAGAAGAAAAAGGGGCUUUUUAAAGCAGAGUGGGUGGUUGGGGGUAGAGGAAGGGGAAAUGUAUUUUUGUCUCAAACAUCUUGUAGUAUAUGUUCUUAGUUAAACUCACGGAGAGCUAACUAAAGUCCAGAUUCAACACAGUCAGUUUCCUGAAAGAUUGUUAUGUUUUGUUGUUUAUCUGUUGUUGGUGAUGUAAAAUUAUUGACACCAGGUUGCUGUUCUUUAAUGACCAGAUAUGGAGAGUACAGUUUGUAGUGGUUUUAAAACAAACACACUUUAAAUCUGACAUGUGAGAUGAAUGUGCCUUUAAUGCUGCACCCUCAGUCUGUUUGGCUACCUGGUUUCCUUUGCUUUGAGCUAAAUGCAUUCAGAUCAUUGGGGCUGACUACUUCAUAAAAUGGACACAGAGGGACAUUUGAAGGAGCAGGGUUUUGAAAUCCAUUAACAGUAUUUUUAUAUGUCGAGGGGUGGGGAGGCUCAUUAUGGAUGCAGUCAAACAUUAUUAAAGCAGGAAAAAAGCACACUUAGAAGUCUUCCCUUCUUGCAGGCUUUUAGACCAACUGAGUAUUAUUAUGUGUCAUUUGCAUUUCAUCCUAAAAUUCAAUAAUGCAAACGUUUUCACAACUCAUCAUUGUAUGUUCACGCACAUAUUUAGGUUUGUGCACAUGUUGAGAACUUGACAUUUACAUCAACACUAUGUUUUGAACUACUUACAUUCUUCUCCGUGUAUGAUGGGGAUUAAUAUCAAACAAAACACUGCAUAUUUGAAUACUUUAGAUUUGUAAAGAAAUACAUAGUUUGCAUUUGUAAAUGUAAAUGUAGACAUCAAAUGUAGAGAUUAAAUGGAGAACAUUUCAAGUUUGAGCUUCUCAAAUAUCUUCUACUCCCAUAAUGUGCAACAGCUUCCUCAGUCAUUUAAAGUCCUGAACAUGACAGGAAAUGUGCCAUGUGUAACUGCUCAUACUAACUUUGCUAUUUGAAAAAUGUUUUAAAUGCUGUAGUUGUGCCUUUAAAAGGAUCAGUGUUACUGGAUUUUUUUGCCUUUGAUCUGUAUUAUUUUCUGAAACUAAGUGCCAUGAAAAUUAUCUUCAGGUGCCACUUCAUGUAAUCUUGAAAAUGCUGCAGAAUCACCUGAUUUAAGCUGUGAUAAGUCUUGCUGUCAAUAUUACUCCUAUAUUGAAUGUAAUUCAGUCAUUUCACGCCAGCUCGUCAGCCACACUAUAAUAAUCGCAAUGUGUAUAUCAGACAAUAAUGGAGGCAUUUGAUUCAACUAUUUCUGUUUGAUGUUUUCUUUAAUCCAACUUCCUACAGUAAGAAACCUUGAGCAAAGACAAGUUAAUAGAAUUUCCAUGAUUUGUUUUUUUUUUUUUUUUAUUCAUCUGAGGUGUGAAUUUAUAGAUAACUCUUGUUUGUGAUGCAGAAUACACAGUAGUACACAAUAUUAGUAUAGUUGUUUUUAAAGAAGAUAAAUUAUUUUGUUACAUUGAUAUAAACCAAAACACAUACAUUGCCACAUGGACUCAACACUGGGAUACUUUGUGUCACAUUUUGAUUACACAUGGUUAUUUCUGAAAUUAUUGUUACUGCUAUAUCCACAUUUUCGUCUGAUUGCUAGCUUGUUUUAAAAUGUUGACUGUUUUUUACUCUGUACACAAAAAUAAAAAGUAGUUUCAGUA